AUGGUGAAGUUGUUUCUAUGGAAGGCAACAAAUGAGCUACUUCCUACAAAAAAGAACCUUUUUCAGAGAAAGGUUGUUGAGGACCCUUUCUACCCAGUUUGUUUAAAAGAGGAAGAGUCAGUUAUACAUGUGUUGUGGGAGUGUCCAGCAGCAAAUGAUGUUUGGAAAAAUGGCUUGAUUGGAGUUUCGAAGUGGAAAAUGGAAGGUGGAGAUUUUCUGGGUUUGUGGGAGAGGUUGAUGGGAGGAUUGGAUAAGUUUAAACUUGAGGAGAAAGCUGUACAUCUAAGGAAAGUGUGGUUGAGAAGGAACAUUUUAGUGUUUGAAAAGAGACUCACAUGCCCAAAAACGUUGAUAUCAACAUCCAUUGAGACACUGGAGGCUUUCAAACAGGCAAACAAAGGAAUGAACAAUGAAGUUCAGCAGAGUGUAGUGCCAGUAAACAAGACAAGGUGGAUUCGACCUGCAGCAAAUUUGUUAAGGUAA